AUGAUAAAUCUGAAAAGAUGGCUUGUUCUAUUAGUAUUUUAUACAGCCAAUGUAUUGAUAUUCAUCCUAUCAUGGAAUGAUCAAAGUAAUUCCAAUAUAUGGAAAUAUUACAUAGAUCCAAUAAUACUAAUAAGUUAUUUCAUUACCUUAGCAUUAAUCACUACAGAUUGUCUAACGCCAUCCUUAUCAUAUGUUUCCAAAGAAAUAUUAUAUAUAUCUGAUAGAGUCUCUGGUAUGACUUUAUUAGCGUUAGGUAAUGCUAUCCCGGAUAUUACAUCUACUUAUCAAUCAAUGAAUUCGGGUGUUCCAUCGUUAGCAUUUGGAGAACUUAUUGGUGGUAUUUUCUUUUUAGUCACAGUUGUUAUUGGUUUAAUGGGUAUCACUGGUGAUAUACAUUUGAUGCCAAAAAAUAUCGGAAAUCAAGAAAAUGAUAUUGAAGUAGGACAAGAGGUUGAUUCUUGUUGGGAAAAUGAUAGCACCCUUGUUUAUGAACGUGAUAUGUAUAUUCAAGAUACAUUGACAUUUUCAAUAAUGAUUUUUUUAUCUGGAAUAUUUCUUUCUAAUGGUGAAUUGAAAUUGUGGGAAUGUGUUCUUAUGGUAAUGUUAUAUUGUGGAUAUAUUUGUAAGUUGAUUUUUUUCAAUUAUAAAUACUGUUCCAAUGUGGAAUUGUGGUCUUCUUCUUCGUUGUCGUCGUCAUUAUCAUCGUCGUUAUCUGUUGGUUCUCCCUCCUAUUUCCCACAACCGUUGGAGACUUCAAGUAGCCUACAUUUAGAUACGAUGAAUAAUAAUAAUUUAGAAACAUUUAGAUGUGAUACUGAAGAUUUGGCUCAAAGUAUACAUGAUCAUGAAAUUGAUAAUAUUGCAAAAUUCAAUGAAGGUAUUGCAUCAAGAAGAGAGCAAAUAAAGAAAAGGAUAAGAAAAUAUCUUAGAUCUAAUUACCAUGGAUGGGUGAAAAUGUCAUUAGAUGAUUGUUUAAAUAUUUGGGAAAAUCAACGAUUAUUUGAGAAUGAAGUAUCCUUAUUAGAAAAAAAAUUUGAAAAUGAAGAUGGUGAACUCAGUUCAUUGCUUCAGAAGAGAAGAACUGUUUCAUUCCAAGAAAUGUCGUUAAAUACAAAAGUAUCACCUGUUCUAACUACUCGAUAUCAAACCCAGAAUAAUGAAAACAAUCGCAGUAUUCACGGUAUUGAGCAAGAAAAUGCUAUGGACAAUGUAGCUUCCAACCCUAACCCUGAUUUAUUGAAACUUCCUGUUGCAAAAACUCAAUGCAAAUUCUUAAGCUGUGAUCAUAUACCUAUUACUAUGUCUAAUGAUUAUAAUACUAUGACUAAUGAUGAACAUUCAUUAUUUUUCCAUCCAUCAGAUUCCAAGAUAUCAUUCACUCAUGAAACCAUUGGAUUAAUUCCAAAUGUCUCACGGAGUGUCAAAUUAUUAAACUAUUUAAAUGAUGCCCCAUUUUCAUGUAGUAUUUCAAGAUCAGAAUUCUCCACUUUAUUGAUUACGACACCAAUAUCGUUAAUAUUGGCAUUACUAAUUCCAUCAUUAUAUAAUAAAGAUAAAAAUGUUGAUGGUGGUACGAAAAUCAAUCAGAUUGCUGGUUUUCAAUUAAUUCGAUUGUCAUUAUCACCUAUCAUUGGGAAAUUCUUACUUACAGAAACGUUAGAGUGGCAAGAUUUGAAAAUUUUAAUUCCAAUGAGUGUGAUAUUGUUUGGCUUGUUAUUAUUAAUCUUUUGCAAGUAUAACGGUGAUGAUGAAGAGAGGAGGAGAAAAGUUGAUGGUAAAAUUAUAUCUAUACUUGGAUUUAUUUUAUCGAUACUAAUGAUAUCUUUCAUUGUGCGUCGUGUCGUGGAACUAUUGAUUAAAUGGAUGGAAACUUUCCAAAUAUCCGAAACUAUAUUAGGUCUGACCAUAUUUGCGUGGGGUAAUUCUGUUGGGGAUCUUGUAUCUAAUAUCACUUUUAUUAAAAUUGGUGUUGUAGAUAUUGCAUUAGGUGCAUGUUUUGGCAGUCCACUUUUAUACUUUCUUUUUGGGGUAGGUAUUGACGGAAUUUUGAUUAUGAUAAAGAAACAAGACAAAGUUGGAGAUGAAAUCAUGAGAAAUUUUUGGAUGAAUUCGAUUCUUUUCGAAGUUGAUUUUAAUUUAAUUUUAAGUUGUGUUGGUAUUUUAAUUUCGUUUUUCGUAUUCAUUGUUAUAGUUCCAUUAAAUCAUUGGAAAAUUGAUAAAAGUGUUGGUUGCGUUUUAUUACUUAUUUAUUUCAUGGUAAUGGGUGCGAAUAUUUAUUUUGAGGGAAGAAGCUAA